AUGAGUUUAUGGUUUUCCAUAGGAACAAUUCUUGGUUAUGGUGCUGAUUUUCAUCUUAAAACACCUGCUGGAAGAUUAUUAACUAUUGGUUUAUAUAUCCUAAGUUUAGUUUUAGUUGCGGCAUAUACUGCUAAUUUAGCUUCUGAUUUAACAAUAUCAAAAUCAAAAGAUAUUGUCACGGAUAUUGAUGAUAUUAAAAAUGGAAAAGUUGCAUUUAGUCGAAUUGGAAUUUUACUUGGAUCAGCAAUUGAAGAUUAUUAUCUAAGAGAAAUAUCGGGAGGAAUUCAUAAUUUUUAUCCAAUUAAAAAUAAAGAAGAAAUUUAUGAUAAACUUUUAAAUAAUAUUAUUGAUGCUUCAAUUAUGGAUGCGGGUAUUUUAGAAUAUAUUACAAAUCAAAUCUAUUGUAAUUUAACUUCAAUGGGAAAAGAUUUUGGUCAAAGUGCAUUUGGAAUUGUUUUUCAAAAGAAAUGGCAAUAUGAACAAAUUCUAAAUAUUCAAAUUUUAGCAUUAAGAGAAUCGGGUGAAUUAGAUAAUCUAAAAAGAAAAUGGUUUCAAACAACAUCUUGUGCACAAAUACCUGACACAUCACAAGCGAUGACUAUUCAAUCUAUGGCGGGAUUAUUUCUUACAUUUGCUAUUAUUGCUCUUCUAGCGAUUGUUUUAUUUCUAUGGAAAAAAAGAUUUAUUAUUAGAAAAUGUUUAUUUAAUACAAAACAUCAUACUAAUAUAUUGGCUAGACGAAGUAUUUUAAUAUGCAAACCUGCUUCAAAAUAUCCAACAAUUUCCAAAGUAGUCAUAUAUGAUAAAUGA